UGUGCCGCUGCUCCUCCUCGUGCGUCACGAUGGCAGCAGCUUCUUUUAGACCUUUUUCCCCGCGUCUCUCCUCACACCGCGUCCAAACGUGCGGCCACAGGUCCUCUCCUCCUCCUCCUCCUCCCGCAGCCGCGUGCUCCCUCUCCCCGCACCGUCCACGCGAGCAAACUUUUGGAGACCAUUUUUACGCACGGGUUCCCAACCAUUUGGAAAACUAGAGAAUACAUCUCCUUUCCUCUCGCUCCACAACCACCAUCAUCUGUUACUCGUGCGGGUUUCUCCUGAAACUUCCAGAGGGUUACCAUGCGAGUUUAUGUGGCUGUGAUCCUCGCGUAUGGAGUGACAGCACUCAAUGUCACGGAGGAGAAGGCGACAUGUCCCCUUGGAUAUUUCCCCUGUGGCAACCUGACCGUCUGCCUCCCUCAGCUCCUGCACUGCAACGGCAUCGAUGACUGUGGAAAUCAAGCAGAUGAGGAGAACUGUGGAGACAAUAAUGGAUGGCCCCAUCUCUUUGACAAAUACUUUGGAAUGCCAAGCUACAACACAGGGACCAAGUCCAACAUUUGCCUGCUGGGCCUCGUUCCCGAGCUGUGCCAGUGCCGGGAGCUGGAGCUGGACUGUGACAGCGCGCAGCUUCGAGACGUCCCUGUGGUGGCGAUAAAUGUCACCAUGAUGUCUCUACAGAGGAACCGGCUUCAGAAGCUGAAGGAAAACACGUUCUUCAAGUACCAGAGCCUCCAGAAACUAUACCUUCAGCACAAUAGAAUUCAAGAUGUGAGUCCCGACGCCUUCAGAGGACUCUACAACCUGACAAGACUAUAUCUGAGCUACAACAGGAUAUCGGUCCUGAUGCCGGGCGUGUUCCAGGACCUGCACAAGCUGGAGUGGUUGAUCCUAGAAAAUAACAACAUCCAUCUAAUAUCCCCCAUGACCUUUUCAGGACUGAACUCCCUUGUUUUACUGGUUCUGUUGAACAACUCUCUGACAAAGCUGGAUGACGUCUGUCGGGAAAUGCCGAGAUUGAACUGGCUGGAUUUGGAGGGCAAUCUCAUAGAGACGAUUGGAAACGUCUCAUUCUGCUCAUGCAAUAUGUUGACAGUCCUGGUUUUACAGCGGAACAGGAUCGGACACAUACACGAACAAGCUCUCUCAGUCCUCCAGAAGCUCGGAGAAUUGGAUCUCUCCAACAACAGACUGGUGGCGAUUCCGCCCAAUCUCUUUGUCUUACUGGGGGAUUUGCUUCAACUGAAUAUAUCCUACAACCCCAUCCUGGAGCUCCAAGUUGACCACUUCGACGACUUGCACAAACUGAAGUCCUUGAGCAUAGAGGGGAUCGAAAUUGGAAACAUACAACGGCGGAUGUUUGAACCUCUCAAAUACUUGACUCAUAUCUACUUCAAGAAGUUCCAGUACUGCGGCUAUGCUCCUCACGUGCGCAGCUGCAAGCCAAACACCGACGGCAUCUCGUCCUUCGAGGAUCUGCUGGCCAACAUCGUGCUGAGGGUCUUCGUCUGGGUGGUGUCGGCCACCACCUGCUUCGGCAACAUCUUCGUCAUCUGCAUGCGCUCGUACAUUCGCUCCGAGAACAAACUGCACGCCAUGUGCAUCAUCUCCCUCUGCUGUGCAGACGGGCUGAUGGGCGUCUACCUCUUCAUGAUCGGCGCUUAUGACCUGAAGUUUCGAGGCGAGUACAACCGGCACGCUCAGGCCUGGAUGGACAGUGGUCAGUGUCAGGUCAUCGGCUCCUUGGCCAUGCUGUCCACCGAGGUGUCCGUGCUGCUCCUCACUUAUCUCACCCUGGAGAAAUACAUCUGCAUCGUCUACCCUUUCCAGUACUUGACGCCCGGCUGGCGACGAACUGUCACCAUCCUCCUCGGGAUUUGGGUGUUUGGCUUUAUCGUUGCCUUCCUGCCGCUGGCCUGCAAGGGGCUGUUCCGCAACUUCUACGGGACCAACGGGGUUUGCUUCCCGCUGCACUCGGAGCAGCCUGAGACGCUGUGGGCUCACGUUUACUCCAUCGUUAUUUUCCUAGGUCUGAACCUGGUGGCGUUCCUCAUCAUCGUCCUCGCCUAUGCAAGCAUGUUCUAUAACAUCCAGAGAACAGGCACUCAGACCACCAUGUACAGCAACCACAUCAAGAAAGAGGUGACCAUCGCCAAGAGGUUCUUCUCCAUCGUCGUGACGGACUCCCUGUGCUGGAUCCCCAUUUUCAUCCUCAAGAUCCUGUCACUGCUGCAGGUGGAGAUUCCCGGUACCAUCAGCUCCUGGGUGGUCAUAUUCAUCCUCCCCAUCAACAGUGCUCUUAAUCCCAUCCUGUACACGCUGACCACGCGGCCUUUCAAAGAGACCAUUCUGCAGGUGUGGGCUAACUACAGGCAGAGGAGGCCGCUGCUCAGCGGUCACCCCGCUCAUCAUCCGUCGCUCACCUGGCAGGAGACGUGGCCGCUGCAGGAGAACAGCCACGGCCUCACCCCGGGCCACGCUCUGGAAAUGACAAACACGCUAGCCAAGCUCACCCCUGUGGAAAACCCCAACGAGGGAUACAAUGUCAUUGCGCCGUGCACGCAGCAGAAGCAGUGUACGGUCGUGUCGGUGUGCUCACAGAAACAAACCAUGCUGCACACGCUCGCUCACACACAAACAAAUGAACUCAUCUAGGUGUGUCUCGCUGCAAGUAAACGUGAUCCAGCUUCAUCCGUCGCCACAAUAACAAGCAUUUAACCUGUUUAAAGAUACACUUGUUGAUUUCUUCAUCAGUAUUCAUGAGUGUUUUUUGGAAAUCCCAGUGCCUGUCUUACCGGAGCACCAGCAGAAGUCUAUAAAUCCUUUAUAUGUAGGGUUGGGUUCUGAAAUCCGCUAUUAAAUGGCUCCUGGGGCUAAAGUAUUGUGGAGGUGAAUGGACCUGGGGGAUGACAGCAUGGCACUGGUGGAAAAGAUAUCGAAAGACGGAUUAACACAUUGUUGGGUUUUUUGACAAUGUCACCAGCCAAAAUCCAUUUAUUUUACAAAAUAAAUCCCUUAAUAACAAAAACGGGAUUUUCUUGCCGACAGAUAAAUACAGAUAAAGUGUCUCUCAGCCACAGAUGACUCUGCCCACUGAACCCCAGUAAGUUUCAUUUCCCAGCAACUAAGGCGGUGUUUUUAAUUAUUUUGUAUGUCUUGUUAAUUAACACAACACAAUUUAAUGAAUUCAGUUAGUAGAGCAGAGGCAGCCACUUAAGGCUUAAGACAGAAGCGGUUCGGAUCCCAUCUGUGGAUUAACUACAUUUGCACCAUCUGCAGGCAUUAGGUAUAACAGCUGCAUUUCUUACUUUUAGUUAUUAGCCAUGGCAGCGGCAUUAGUACGGUGGAUCAACCAUUUGGUCUUAAACAUUUUGAACGAAAUAAUUACAAUAUAAUGUCCACUGGAAGUCAUGAAUUUUAUUAUAAAUGUUUUUAUAAAGAGAAAACCAAGCGAUUAUGACCCAAACCUGACGGGCAUCUGUGUUUUUAUGUCCUAGCCUGACCUAAACCCAAUGUUUUUCCUGAUUCCUGAAAAGAUCAAGUAGAUAAGUCGACUUGAUCGAACUCGACUCAAGCCUGAAUAUCAUUUCAAGUUUUUUCCACAGUAUCCACAGUACUUAGAACCACUUAGAACCAUAGACUGUUGGGACUGGUCUACCAACAACUGACCUCCCUUCUGUGUAAGGUUGCUUAAAUCACGUAAUCUUCCUUUAAACUAGUUUUAUUGUUGUUUUUUUUUACUGCAGUCAAAACUGAUAAACGUGUUUGUUUGCUAAUGUUUUCUUUUGUUGAGUAUUUUAUAUACUGACCGUAAUACGUUUGGUGUAAUAUAAUUUUAUAUCGACAUGUUUGAUACAUUUCUUAUCGUAUUUAUUAGCAUCUCUCCUGACACUGAUGCACCAGCUUAAACUCUGGUAUCAUAUUAUCUGUAGCUGUAAAUCAGCCUAUGCUGCCAUGGCAGGUGACAGUUCAUUUAAAUAUGGGAACUGUUAAAACACAUGCAAAUGAUCUGAUGGGAAUCCCUCUGCAAAACACCACAGCCACAUUUAUCACCAAAGAUGCUCCUACAUAUUUGUAAAAGUCAUAUUAAGUGUUAAAAGAAAUGGGAAUUGGAAGGAAGGUUUAAUAAAAUGAGGAUAAUGGUGUUCAGGAUGGAUCUGAAUUCCAUCAAACACAGUGGUCAGCAGUGCAGUAAUUCCAUUAUCGUCUUUUCAUUGGGACAUUGGGACAUUGUGUGACCUGGAAAUCUGUUACAUGUUCAGCUGAAGUCAUUGAACCAUCUGAGUUAAUGUAAACCUGUACAUUGUGAAAAAAUAUGAUUAACUUGAAGGUUAAAUUCUCUUUUUUUUUGUACAAUGAGCCAGUGAGGAGUUCUUCUGAUGGAUGAACUGAUCCAUUUUAUAACUUUCCUUUGUCAAGAGUUCAUAUGCACAUCAGAAUUCAUUUCAUGCUGUAUGUUGCUCCUUGAAUCUCAUAUUGCUGACAGCACUGUACAAAGAACCUAUAGCAGCAAAGAUAUUUUUUACUUUGUGUAAAUCCUCUUCAUCUUCUCAUGCAGUCUGCAAGGGAAACAAAAAAUAUGAACUUUUUGUAUUCUGUAUUUUUGUCUUUAGUCCGUUGUGAAAUAUUGAAUGUAAUAUAUAAGAUGGGUUUGGUAAAGAAUGUACUGUAUUUAAUAUGGACAGGUAUAACUUGGUGAAAGUUAUAAGUGAGUUGCAGCUACACAGGCAGCAGUUUUAAAUUGUCUUUUAUAAAAACCCUGUGUAGACUUUCCCCAGCUGGUCUGGGGGUCAGAACAUGGACCUCACCAACAACCACACAACACAUUCUUAACACUGUGAUCUGUACAGUAAAGACAUUUGUAACAAUGGUCAUUAUGCAUGCAUCUGUGCAUACUUGGUUCUGUGAAGGACUGAUUCCUGUAGAAAUAGAUUUUUUUUCAGACACGUUGAAUGUGUGAAUGCUUUGCAAACAACACAAGAGGAGAAUAAAUUCGAUGCUAUGACGAUGGAAUGCGAGUACAUUGUGCUUUAUGUGACCGUUUGUGUUUACAUCACAUUACCAUUCAUGCUGAAAAGAAUUCUAUUGAAUAUUGAUGGGAACGUUUGUUUUAAACUUGUGUUAUUGGUUUCUUUGUUGUAUUGACCUGUGCCCGACAAUAAAUAAAUUAUGAAGUUGAAUAAAAA